AAACUGUUUUGUUCACUUUUUACCCGAAGUUUACACAAAGUUUUACAAGUUCACCGACUUCCCAACCCGCUUGACCCUUCGAUCUUUUCCUUAUCUUCAACAGUUAAUAUUAAUACGGUCUUCUGAACUCAUUUAGAUAACUGCUGGACGUUGCUAGAAAACUCUUUUAUUUAAGAAAUACUCAAAAAUGCCAGGAAUCGUGACAGUGAACACAAGUCCUUACGAAGGUCAAAAGCCGGGUACGAGUGGUCUUCGCAAGAAAGUUAAAGUUUUUCUUCAGGAGAACUACACGGAAAACUUCGUGCAGAGCAUUUUGGAUGCGAACAAGGGUGCCGUGGCGGGGUCCACGCUGGUGGUCGGCGGAGACGGCAGAUAUCUCGUCAAGGAGGUUGUAGAUAAAAUCAUCAAGAUAUGCGCCGGUAACGGAGUUUCUAGACUCCUGGUGGGACAAAAUGGAAUCCUGUCAACUCCAGCGGUCUCCUGCAUCAUCAGGAAAUACAAGACCCUUGGAGGCAUAGUGCUAACAGCGUCACACAACCCGGGCGGCAUAGACAACGAUUUCGGCAUCAAGUUCAACUGCGCCAAUGGCGGCCCGGCGCCGGACGCGACCACCAAUCAGAUCCACGCGCUCACCACGCAGAUAUCGCAGUACAAGACUGUGCCGGAUCUCGUGUGUCCUAUUGACAAGUGCGGCGUGCAGAAGUUUGAUGUGGAAGGUCAGACCUUCACGGUGGAGGUCAUUGACCCGGUGGACGACUACCUGGCGCUGAUGCGGGAGAUCUUCGACCUGCCCGCCAUCGGGCGCCUGCUGCGGGGCGAGGGGGGGAGGAAGUUCAAUGUACUCAUUGAUGGGAUGAACGGAGUAACGGGCCCCUACAUCCAGCGCAUAUUCGUGCAAGAACUAGGCGCACCCCCCACCAGCGUGCGUCGAGUCACCCCACUAGAGGACUUUGGGGGGGCGCACCCGGACCCCAACCUGACGUACGCGGCGGAGCUGGUGGAGGAAGUCAGGAGCGGGGACUAUGAUUUUGGAGCUGCUUUCGAUGGCGAUGGUGACCGCAACAUGAUAAUAGGCCGCAACGCCUUCUUCGUCACGCCCUCUGACUCUCUCGCCGUCUUAGCUGCGGGCGCGGCGGCGGUGCCCUACUUCCGGUCCAGAGGGGUGGCUGGACUGGCUCGAAGCAUGCCUACUGCCGCCGCCGCCGACAGGGUGGCUAAGGAGCUGGGGUUGCCGGUGUUUGAGGUUCCUACUGGUUGGAAAUACUUCGGCAACCUGAUGGACGCGGGUCGCUUAUCCAUCUGCGGCGAAGAGAGCUUCGGCACCGGAUCCGACCACGUGAGGGAGAAGGACGGCAUAUGGGCCGCACUCUUCUGGCUUCAAGUGCUGGCCGCUAGUGGGCUGAGUGUCGAGGAUACGAUGAAGGAACACUGGAGGAAGUUUGGCAGGAAUUACUUUACUAGAUACGACUACGAAGAGUGCGCAAGCGCGCCGUGCGCAGAAAUGAUGCUGUCUCUGGAGCGCACGAUCACUGCGCCCGGGUUCGCGGGCUCCGUGCUGACCGGGCAGGGCAAGGCCUACACCGUGGCCGCCGCCGACGACUUCUCAUACAUGGACCCUGUCGACCAUAGUGUCGCCAUGAAACAGGGUCUCCGCAUAAUCUUCACGGACGGGUCGCGCAUCGUGAUGCGGCUGAGUGGCACCGGCAGCUCCGGAGCCACCGUCAGACUCUACAUAGACUCCUACGAGCUGACCGACGUGUUGGGCGACGCGCAGGACAUGCUACGCCCUCUAGUGGACAUAGCCUUGCAGUUAUCAGACCUGCCGCGCUACACCGGCCGUGCCGCGCCCACCGUCAUCACGUAGUCGCCGCUUGACUGCUGUGGCAACCCUAGCCUUGCUUCGUAGGGUUGCCACUAGGGCGGGGCCUUCACCGGUAUAGGAGUUUUAACAUCAAGGUUUUGGUAAUAGGUGUAAAGCGCGCAGAUAAAGAAACAAUAAAUUGGUGACAAUAUUACAAAUAAAAGUGCAAAGGGUGGACUUAGUGCUGAAAGCAUUUUCUGCCAGUCAACCUGCAGAUCGUUGUCGUUGUCCGAGAUCGCCCGCUUAUCGAUAUUUUACAUUUAUUACAUUACAUUUUUGCUAAAUACAAUAGGGUAGCAGAUAUUUGAUCCAUGCAUAGGUACUCAUCAUAUGCAGUUUUAGUGUGAUUAGGAAGGACCAUUUAUUGACUUACGUUACUAAUAUUGCGAAGUAACAUGAGUCCGUCCGCCAUUUUGAUAUUGUUUCUUUAUUUGCGUGACUUGCAUGUUAUUUUAUACAUUUGAAUCAGUCAGUACCGGUGAAGGUGAUGUUAAGACAGUAGAUUAGAAACAUUAAUUUUACAAAAACUCAGCUAUGUUCAGACCAUGUGUGAGUCUUGCCUUUCUGAAAAGAAUGUUAUUAAUUUUAUGGCGAUUUAUACUGCCUAUCUUCGUUUUCUACUGUUUUUCUGCAGUAUACUUAUAUUUUUAUAAUUAUCAAUUUUAGAAGCUGCCAUAGUAGCAAAGUAAGCGAAAGUAUAUGUAUAUUUAAUCACAAUAAUUAUCUAAGAUGAUGUCUAAAGUUAACCAAAGAAAGUUACAAAACUAGCAAUAAGAAAACGAGAUUCAUUCGGUUUGUUAUGAAUAUUUUAUUUUAUGUAAUGUUAUUUACAAAUCAAUAAAUUUUAUUACGUUGUA